CGUGGUCGGAAAUUUGGUCAUAUGACGGAUUAAAAGGGCCUGACUUUUGGGGUAGGAUGUAUUCUGCAUGGUACCUGUGCAGUAGAGGCCAGAGACAAUCGCCUAUAGACCUACGUGCUGAAAACCUAGUCUACGAUCCAAACCUUCCACAUCUCGAAGUAGAAUCACCCAUCGAAACGAAUGGGAUUGUAAAUAACACUGGUCGUGGUAUAUCGUUCUUCCCGGAUCCGUCAAACGUCACAUACAUAUCACGAGGGCCUCUGAGUUAUCGCUAUCGUCUCGUCGAAAUUCGGCUGCACUUCGGGGGCGAAAACAAUCAUGGGUCAGAACAUACCGUCGGGGGUCGAGCUUUUCCGGGCGAGUUGCAACUGAUAUUUUUCAACGAUGAUCUGUAUGAUAGCUAUGGUCAGGCCGAAAACUCACCGAACGGAUUGGCAAUUAUGGCAUUAUUCAUUAAGGAAGGCAAUUUGACUGGUCGUGAAUUGGGCAAAUUAGCAGGAAUUCGAGUUCUGAGAUAUUUGGUUUACAAAGGUAGUCAAGUAAAUGUCACAGGCCUCAGCAUACCCCUACUUCUACCAGAAACCAAAGAAUAUAUGACGUAUGAGGGCUCAAUAACCACGCCCAGAUGUACAGAGACUGUGUCAUGGAUCAUAUUCAAUAGACCAGUAUACUUCACAAGCUAUCAGCUAGAUACACUAAGGGAACUUGUGAGUACAAGACGCGGAGAGCAGACUGAGCAAAUAUUACGUAAUUAUCGUCCAACCCAAAGGAUCGGGACAAGAUCAGUUCGGACAAACAUUGUACAAAAAUACGCAGGUGGAAAGGACUGCCCGCUACAUAGGAGGGAAUAUUCGUAUAAAACUCUCAUUUCGAGAAGGUGAAGACACGAGAAUCUUGUACAACAUGUUAUCUAAAGUCCUCCAUCUGGUUACCUCUCGUAGCGCCCUCUCUCGACCAACAAGCGCCAUGGGAUCCCUCUCCGAAUCAUAAUGGUUAAUAAACAGAAACCUAUGCCUAUUGACUGACUGUCUAUUCCAUCAUCAGGCCAAUAUUAUGGUAUAACUUUCGGCCAUGUCUGCCAUGCGAGACCAAUUCGAAAGAGAGUUCACAAUAUAGGACAGGUAUUAUCGCGGAUGGAGAUCGUACUAAGCAUUAAUAUUUUUCAUCAAAGUUGAAAAACUAUGAAAGGUUUACAAAGUGCCAUGGACUUGACGAUUGGCGAGAUAUCUUAUAUUUUUAAGUUGACUUUAAGUAGCCUUAUUAUGUAUACAAGGCAAGAUACGUUAUAUUGCCAAGUUGACGUAGAAAAAAUAUUUGUAGUCACUGCCAAAAUUGCCCCCCCCCAAAAAAAAAAAAAACCUGAUGAAAUAGUUAUCAUUAUGGCGAAACAGUUACAUGUAUCCUGUCAUAUAGGUUGACAUGAAGAGAUACGUCAACCGUGUAUCUUGCGACAUUGACAUAUCUGUCUCGCAUACACCCGUUUGUAAGUCAGCUUGGAAAGAUAAUGUAUCUCAACUUGUCGACUUAGCAAGAUAACAUAUCUCGCUAUGUUAACACAGAAAUGCUAUUAUCAGAUGACGUGACAAGAUGACCAUCUCGCAAUGUCGACAUUACAUAACAUAUCGAUGAUUAUGUCGACAUGGGAAAAUCAAUAUCUCAUCAUUACGUCAAGUUGAUGAUACCUUAAAGCUUCCAACAGAAACAUCACAUUCUGUGGUUUACGACUAUGAGAACACGGGCCAAUAAGAAUGAGGCUUAAGUACCAGUCACACCAUGGAACCGAUUCCACACCGACCAAAUAUAUUACGUUAUAUCCAAUGACAUACUAUCAGUCGGUUUGGCGUCAGUCUCGUAGAUGUGACUGUAGUAUAAAAGUCAGAAUCAACAGUACCAAACAUCGAACGCUCCAACUGGAAUGCUUUCUUCCAGCGAAAAAAAAAAUACCCCCUUCCCUUUCUUCAAUCAAACUGUAAAUUUUGUAUGCCUCAUGAUAUAUAUCCAACGAUAUUUUGCUAACGAGAAUUAUACUCAAGGUGCCGUAUGCUAGUCAAUAAAUUAGCUUAGAUGUUUGAUUUUUAUAUAUCCUUUGAAAACAUUUUUGUGUGCCACUUACCUUCUACAAACUCUGUUAUUUAUUAAUGUUAAUAAAUAUAUGUUUAGAUAAAUAUAAGCAUCAUGCUAUGAUUGAUUCUAUUACACCCUUUCGUUAUUUGCCUAUAUUCCAGUUUAGUUCGUAGCAAUUCCAUAAAUGGAACAUAGAAGGGGUUGUAUCCAAUUGUUUGCUAUGAUAAUUUUGUUUUAUUCCAUUGUUAUAUGAUUACACUGUUUACUGUUCAUUGCGAGGAGAGCCCAUAAGACAAAGGGCCGAAGUUAAUGACAUCUCCCCCAAUAUCGUUUGCAACUUGAAUUAGAACCAGACAGAAAUAUGCACUAUGGUACAUGAAUUUAUUUUUAGUUGAAGUUAAAAGCAACCCUUUUUGUAACCUUUUAAAAUUGCAAACCUUCCAAAUUAAUUCUUCACUAACCCCGACCAAACAUUAAUUUUAUGUAGGAUUAGCUUUUUAUACAAAGACAUUCAUUACCAAUAGGGCCUAGAUAUAGAAUUUAGGCGGUUAGAUAAUGGACUAUAAAAGUAUUCAAUAGCCUUUUCUUGUAGAUAAAUUCUGAAAUCUUCUGCAUUAUUUUGAAGAUUUCAGCGUGGAUUUUGUAAAUAGGUGAUAAACAAAGCUACAACUUAUUCAUCUAAAAUGUCUAUAAAAGUUAUGAUUAAUGAGCAAUAAUUAUUAUUCUGUGUAUUUCUCUUUAUAUCAUUUUUCUGCAAGGGCGUAGGCGGGGGGGUGCACGUGCCCCCUCACUCUCUGAGUCAGAGCAGUUCCGACACUGGCAAGCAAAACAAAAAUUGUACCCCUUUCUUCUGCUUUCAACAGCUGAUUUUCCAAACUGUAGUUCCACC